CUGUUGCCUAACGGCUCUGCUCAGCUGCCUAAAGAUUCUGCUCAGCUGCCUAACGGUUUUGUGCAGCCAGUUUCUCCCGGGAGAGGCUGGAGUGUCCAAAAGCUUGGCCCGACUGCGAUUUCUACUGGUGUCAGGGCGGGUGGCCGCAGCCAUGGAGAGGCUCUCUGCCGCCGCUGUCAAGGGCGAGACGGGCCCGGAGCGCCCGAGCCCCUUCAGUCAGUUGGUCUACACCAACAGCGACUCUUACGUGAUUCACCAUGGGGAUCUCAGGAAGAUCCACAAAGCUGCCUCCCGGGGCCAAGCCUGGCAGCUGGAGAGGAUGAUGAAGAAGACGACAAUGGACCUGAACAGAAGAGAUGCGAAGAAGAGGACUGCUCUACACUGGGCCUGUGCCAAUGGCCAUGCAGAAGUAGUAACACUUCUGGUAGAUAGAAAGUGCCAGCUUGAUGUCCUUGAUGGUGAAAACAGGACACCUCUGAUGAAGGCUCUGCAAUGCCAGAGGGAGGCUUGUGCAAAUAUUCUCAUAGAUUCUGGUGCUGAUCCAAAUAUUGUAGAUGUGUAUGGCAACACAGCUGUCCAUUAUGCUGUUUAUAGUGAGAAUUUGUCAGUGGUGGCAAAAUUGCUGUCCUGUGGUGCAGACAUCGAAGUGAAGAACAAGGCUGGCCACACACCACUUUUACUGGCCAUAAGGAAAAGAAGUGGGCAAAUUGUGGAAUUUUUACUGACAAAAAAUGCAAAUGCAAAUGCAGUUGAUAAGUUUAAAUGCACAGCUCUCAUGCUUGCCAUAUGUCAUGGAUCAUCAGAGAUAGUUGGCAUGGUUCUUCAGCAAAAUGUUGACAUCUGUGCUGAAGAUACGUGUGGAAUGACUGCAGAACGUUAUGCUGUUGCUUGUGGAUUUAAUCUCGUUCAUCAACAACUUUUGGAAUAUAAACAAAAGAUAUCUAAAAAUUCUCAAAAUAGCAAUCCAGAAGGAACAUCUGAAGGAACACGUGAUGAGGCUGCACCCUUGGCGGAAAGAACACCUGACAAGGCUGAAUGCUUGGUGGAAAGAACACCUGGUGAAUAGGAUACAGUGAAUUCCUCUUCAGAGAUUUUAGCCUGUAAACAUCCUUUAAAAUUCAAGAGGGGGAAGAUAAAGUACAAUGAGUUCUGAGUUCCUCAUCAAAGAACAAACAUGUCAGUAUGUUCAGCUUGUCUGUUCUUCGUUCUCCGUUUUAAAGUUUAACUUCCUCGUUCUUUAUGCCUCUUUGCCCCUAGUUUCAUUAAACAACCCCCUUCUAGCCUCUAACACCUGCUUUGUCUUUAGUCAUUCUUAGUCACCUGCUCUGUCCUUAGUCAUCCUUAGACACCUGCUCUGUAACUGUCUUUCCUGCUGAAACUACUCACUCUGCCACUCCAGCUCAUACCCCUGCCCUCUUUGAAAUAGCCAAUCUGAAUUAGCUUAGAGUGUGCAGUCCAACCCUAUCCAAUAGGGAAGAGACACAACAGUAGGGACUAGCUGCGUUAGGAAUAAGAACCCUUUCCUCUCCCUUGUUCGGUGUGAUCUUGCCAUUGUUCCACCUGCAAGACCACUCUUCUAUAGAAGUAAAUUUGCCUUGCUGAAAAA